AUGCCGAACCCAAUCCGCGAAGACCUCACCACGAUCGAUGAAACAUCGUUCCCUUACAUCUUUGAGCAGAAUGCAACCAUUGUGCUGAAAGACGGAUCUGGCCUCGUCCGGUGCAACGUCUACCGACCAAAGGGUGCGGAAAAGUCGCCGGUGCUAGUGACUUAUGGACCCUAUGGCAAGGAUAUCCCCUACGCCGACUUCCACCCAAAAUCGUUCAGCGAGGUGAACCCGGAGCAUCGCUCUACACACUCUGCGUGGGAGACUCCAGACCCGGCCUUUUGGACGAAGCAUGGCUAUGCUGUUGUGCGAGCCGAUGAGCGCGGAACAGGCCAGUCGCGGGGCAAGCUUGAUACAAUGUCGCGCGAGACAAGCGAGGCGUUUUUUGACGUCGUGGAAUGGGCCGCUGAGCAGUCGUGGUCGACAGGAAAAGUUGGCUUGCUAGGAAUCAGUUAUUAUGCUGGGAGUCAGUGGAGGGUUGGUGCGCGACAGCCAAAGGGGCUGGCUUGUAUGAUUCCGUGGGAGGGAAUGUCGGAUUACUACCGGGAUCGUUGCCGCCAUGGAGGGAUUCUGUCAAACGCAUUCAUCAAGUUCUGGUGGGAUCGCCAGGUUGUCUCGAACCAGUACGGACGCCCUGGACGGUCUGCGCGCAACUGGGGUGUGGACACAAUCGAGGGAGAUCUACCAGAGGAGGAGCUUGUUGCGAAUCGGCAGGACCAGACAAUCGAUAAUGCCGAAAAUAACUUCCGGGAUGACCUUUACUAUGCCAGCAAGGAAUAUACCAUGUCUGAUAUCCAGGUUCCGCUGCUUUCUGUAGCCAACUGGGGUGGCAUUCUUCUGCACCUACGCGGUAAUGUCGAAGGAUACACACAGGCAGGCAGCGAGCUCAAGUACCUCCGCUUUAUCACCGGCCGACAUGACCUCCCGUUCUACUAUAAAGAAGAAGUCGACCUUCAACGCAGCUUCCUCGAUGCCUUUCUGAAAGGUGAAGACCGACUUGGUUGGUCUACCGGCACGGCGCCGAAAGUUGAUAUUGUUCUGCGCAAGGGAGAUGUGGGCUUCAACGACGCCAAAGCUGAGCAGGCUUAUCCCCGCCGCCAGGAGAACGAAUGGCCAAUCGCCCGCACGCAAUACACGCGGUACUACCUCACCUCAGAAAAAGAGCUCGUGACGAAGCGACCAGACGAAAGGCCAAGCAAAAUCACCUAUCGCGCCUUAGGGACGCUGGAUACACCGCAGCUAGUCCAGUUUACAACGCCCGCGUUUGAGCAGGAGACCGAAAUUACAGGCCACAUCGUUGCCCACUUGAACGUCUCGAUGAGCCCUUACCCCGGCUCUCCGACACCUCGCGACAUCGACCUCUUCCUGACACUACGCUACAUCUCUCCGGAGGGCAAGGAAGUGUUCUACACAGGAACAGCGGGAGACCCUGUUCCGCUGUGCAAGGGCUGGCUCCGUGUCAGUCUCCGCAAGGUAAAUGACCAGCAUGUACGCCACCGAGACUACCUCCCACACCGCGAUUACUACUCGACGGAUGUUCUCCCGGUGAUCCCGGGCGAGGUAUACCCUGUUGACGUGGAGGUGUGGCCAACUAACGUGGUCGUCGAGAAGGGGGGUAAGAUUAUCCUCGAGGUGUCGUCGGGGGAUACACAGGGCAGCGGAAUCUUCCUGCACAAUUCGCCGACUGAUAGGUAA